AUGCAGGCCUCAGUUUCCAAUCCAGAGCCUCUGAAUGAGACUCAAGGAACAGAGAGGAUGGGAGAUGCCCACGUGUUUAUGGGGGUGAUCCUCUUAGCCCAGACUGUGGUUGGGUUUCUGGGUAAUUUGUCUCUUCUCUCCCAUUAUCUAUUCCUUUCCUGCAAGGGGAACAGGAUGAGAACCACAGACUUGAUUAUUAGGCACUUAAUUGUGGCCAACUUCCUAAGUCUUCUGUGUAGGGGUGUUCCCCAAACCAUGUUUGCUUGGGGCUGGAGAAAUUUCUUCAAUGAUGUGGGGUGCAAAAUGGUCUUCUAUCUUCACCGAGUGGGCAGGGGGGUGUCGAUCAGUAGCACUUGCUCCCUGAGCAUAUUCCUUGCUGUCAGUAUCAGUCAGGGGGACUCCAGGUGGGCAGGGCUGAAGGGGAGAGCCCACAAGCACAUUGUCUCCACUGUCUACCUCAGCUGGGGGGUUUUCCUCCUGGUGAGCAUUGUUAAUCUCAAGUUCACAACCGGACUCAAAGAACACGACAACAUGACGAGCUUAAAGGCCUAUGGAUACUGUUCUUCCAUGCAUCAGGAGCCAGCUGCUGAUGUGCUCUACGUAGUCAUGGUCUCAGUGCCUGAUGUUCUGUUUCUGGGGCUCAUGCUCUGGGCCAGCAUCUCCAUGCUAUUCGUCCUGUACAGACACAAGCAGAGAAUGCGACACAUCCAGAUCAGCAUCUCCACCAGAGCCUCUCUGGAGUCCAGAGCUACCAUAAUCAUCUUCCUCCUGGCGAGCCCCUUUAUCUCCUUUUAUACAAUGUCCUGCAUUUGUCAGAUUUGCUUGUCUGUGAUUUACAACCCCAGCCCUGUACUGCACCAUAUGACGGUGUUUGUUAUGGGCUGUUUCCCAUCCCUCAGCCCUUUCCUGCUCAUGAGUGGACACUCCACUCCCUGCAGCCUCCUCUUCACCUGCACAAAGAAGAAGAAAGCGGUCCUCCCCUGA